AUGGUUUCUUCGACAGUGUUGUGUCUAGUGUUGCUGCAGGCCGUUGGUGCUCUUGGGUUUCCGGCGACUCUGAAGCUGGAAAGAUCGUUUCCCACCAACCAUGGCGUUGAGUUGAAGCAACUCACGGAAAGAGAUGGUUUAAGACACCAUAGAAUACUACACAAGUAUGCUGAUCCAAAUGUGGUUGUUGGAUUUGAAGUAUAUGGAACCUAUGAUCCUUUUGAUGCUGGCUGUAGCACAUCCGAAACAGGACAGAUAAGUCAAACGGAAAGAACACUUGAUGAGAUUAUGGGAUUGGGCAGACAAAUUAUAUCCGUCAUUUCCCAAAUUUCAUCACAAGGGAUUGCACCAAAUUCCUUUGGACAUUGUCUAGCUGGUGGUGAUGGAGGUGGGAUUUUGGCCUUUGGCACACCAGUCAUGCCCGAUCUAGUCUUCACUCCACUUGUGAAGUCAAUGUAA